UGAUUCGCCAGCAGAGACGCUCUUGCUUCAUUGCCGAGGUUGUGGGUCUUGAGGUGAGCAGGUCGCAGUGCAGUGUUGGCACCCCGGGCGAGGCACACCUUACAACCAUGCUACUCCCUCGACUGUUAUUUGCCGGCCUCGUCAUGGCCUUGAUGGUGGAGGCGGGGGUGACCAAGCCCGAAACGCACACUCACUCGCCCGCGUAUGCCCCGCUUGAGGAUGCGUCGCCGCGAGGUCACCAGCAGGAACCUCCACCCUUCGCUGCACAGAACCAGCCGCCCUCGCACCCUGGCCUCCUACCAGCGCGGCCAGUGGUCAACAGAGUACCGUCGAGUCCAAGUACUGGGGCGGGCAGCACAUCGCACUUCCCGAGUCAGCUGGGCUUGUACUCCGAGGUGGGACCGCGCAAGGUGGUAAACACGCAAGUCAGGUGUUUGAAGACGCACAUGCAGGUUCAGUUGAGUUUUUCGGCUCCCUUCUCUGGUUACAUCUAUCCGCACCAGCACUUCUCGGAGUGCAUGAUGUUCCGCGGCCAGGGCGCUCAGGAAGCGUACAUGGACCUCAAGCACGGCACCUGUGGAGACGAAGAGAACAGAGUUAUUCUUAGGGACAGGUCCUACCUGGACCCUGUCAUAGAGCACCGCCUGAUGAUCCAGUGGGAACCCGACAUUGUGUGUGAAGACGACGUAAGUGUGAUCGUUCGUUGCGACCGACCAGACGACUUCAAUAAGACGAUCGAGUGGAGCUUCGCUACACGCCAGCUGCGCGCCACCCUGGAGAGUGCUCAGCACCCAGGACCCAAAAUGUGGAUGGAGAUUCAGCGAGGCGAGGGACCCACAGCCCCGUCGCUCAACAACGAGUUGGUGUACAUUGGAGACGUCCUCACCCUCAUCUUCACCCUAACUGAUGAGGUCUAUUGGUUCGACUCCAACAUUUUGGCUUGUUUCGCGGUGGACGGUGGCGAAAAGAAGUCCCAGAUUGAGUGGGACACAAGCAAAAACGCUGAAGUGGCCCAAGCCUCCAGGGUAUACAGCGGCGAGAUGACCGUGGUGGAGUCUGGCUGUUCUGUCAAGCCAAAGAUAUUCUCCCACUUCAUUAAGGAAAGACACACGCGGACCAACGGUGACCUUGUGACUCUGCAUUACGCAUUCUUCAAGGCCUUCAGGUUCCCGACCUCCAACAAGGUUGUUCUGCAGUGCCACGUCCAAGUGUGCUACAAGAUCUGCCCUGAGCCGCCCCCCUGCAGCGAAUCUUUCCACCCAAGACGGAGCGAAGAAGUGAAGAGGCGACGUAGGCGACAGGUGGAGGAGGUCGCACAGAACGGGGCGCAUGAAGUGGAUCAGGUGGACAUGUACCGCUCCGUGGAAGUGGUGUCCGCCGAGGAGAGCGGCGAGAAACGAGUCCCCGUGGCGGCGCAGACGGAGGAGCCGCACGACUGCUGUGCCCAUCCCCACGCCGCGCCCGUGUCCACCGUCAACACAGUGAUGGUGGUGCUGCUGUGCAUAAUGCUGAUGCUGGUGCUGUGCCUGGCGAUAGUCAUCCUCAGGGACAGGAAGAGCCGCAAUUUACCGCAGAAAUAGUUUUAUGUGAGUUUGUUCGAGUUAUAAUUUUUAUUGCAUAUAUUAUAGUUAUAUUCUCACAAUA